UAUGAUUCAGAUGAGACCAAGCCAUCUGCAGAGUGUUCUGAUUUAACAGAAGAAAAAGAACAAGUACAGGAGUCUAUUUCUGACACAUGCCAUGUGAAAAAUGAAGAUAAAAUGCACUCUGAACCUAUUCCCGCUGACUCAUUCACUCAUGUAGUAAAAGAGAUUAACUCUAGUCCGGCAGAUGAACAACCACAAAUGACAAUCGAAAAUUCAACCAUAAUAAAACAAGAGCAAAGCAAACAAGAAUUAUCAGAGCCAUCUGAAAUGGACGCCCAAGAAGGACAUUUCAAUAUGUUUCCCACAGUUCAGCUACAGGUUCCACAUGAAAACCACAUAGAAGAUGAAAAACUGCCUGACAUGCCAGAUUAUAUUGCAAAUUGCACCGUAAAGAAUCCUCUGGACAGUAACAUUUUACAAAAUGCACUAAAGCAGAAUCCUAAAGUGUACUUAGUGCAAACUCUGGAUGUGCUGAAAGAGAAGGACACAUCGUCAUCAUUAAGUGAAGAAUCAUCUUUCACCUAUACACCUUUGUUGUACUCAAGGGGAAACCCAGGAAUUAUGUCCCCUUUGGCAAAAAAGAAGCUUUUAUCACAAGUUAGUGGAGCUGCGCAAUCUGGAAGCUACCCCUAUGGUUCACCCCCACCCUUAAUUAGCAAGAAAAAAUUAAACUCCAAAACGGAAAUAUCCCCACCUUUAGUACAACCCCAUCCAGCAUCCAACUCUGAAACCAUGCUGGUCAACAGACCAUCAGUGAUACAACACGUUCAAAGUUUUAAGCAUAAAACAUCAGAUGAUAAAAAGAGCUUGAAUGACCCUUACAAAAUCAGUACCAUAAACAAAGCUGACUCUUACCGCUCUGACUUUGCAAAGCACCAACAGAGUGUCCUUGCAGAGUCAUAUUCCUUAAAGUCCAGUAUGCUUGAACAUAAAGAGCAAAUGGCUGAGAAGAGAGCUUCACAGCACUCCAACUUCUUGGAAUUUUACUCAUCACCUCAUCUACAUAGGCUUUACCGACAAACAGAACAUCAUCUUCAUAAUGAACAUCCUUCAAAGUAUCAUCCUCGGGAACUGUAUAGAGAAUCUGAAAAUAUGUCCUCUCCCAAUAAACAUCAUGAGAAGCUUCACUAUCAUCAUUCUUUGCACCAACAGGAAAAACAGAAUGUAACUGAUCAUAUGGAUGACCAACCAACUGAUUUGAGCCUUCCCAAAUCUAUGCACAAGCACACAGCCAAAAUAUCAGGAUCUAACCUCUCUCAUCAGUUGGUGCAUCAAGAAAGCAAAACUCAAAGUCCGUUUCAGGUCCCAAACAACAAGAGUAUGGGAAUAGACUGCAAUCCAAAGGCCUGUAGGGUUUCACCAAUGACAAUUCCAAUAUCAAAAAGACACCAUGAGUCUGUUCACAGGUCAUUAAAGACACACAGUGUAAGACAUGAAAAUGUGAGGAAGAUGGAGGGCCCUGUUCAUCCAAUCACAGUUGGCAAAGUCAGUCCUCAGAACUUUGGAGCUUUACGGCCAUUGAAAAGAAGCUUAGAUGAUCUAGAAGGGCCUAUCAGUGAGAAAAAAAUACGAGCUGUGUCCCCUUUAAAUGUGUCAAAGGAAAUACCAGGGAAAGAGUGCUUUACUGGCCAAGAGGGUGAAAGCAGCAAAUCUGUUCAUGACAUUCAUUCUAGUAUGAUGGAAAGUCACAAAUAUCCAUUGUCCACUCCAAUUUUUCCUGGAAUCUACCCAGCAAGUUUAUGUGGUGGCCUCGGCACACAUAUACCAGCUGCCUACUCCCAUCCACUACAGUACUUGAAAAACCAGAGUGUGCUUUCACCACUAAUGCAACCCUUAGCCCUUCAUUCCUUGAUGAUGCAAAGACAAUAUCUAACUAACUCCACAAACUCUCAUCAGCUCUAUAGACAUUUGGCUUCAGCAGCCCCUGUAGGAUCUUCAUAUGGUGACCUACUACACAACAGUAUCUACCCUUUAACGGCAAUCAAUCCCCAGUCCCCUUUUCCAUCCUCCCAACUGUCCUCGGUCCACCCCAGCACAAAACUUUAA